AUGGUUAGAAGGAGCUUGUACUUUUUGGCUGUCAUGGGAGUUGUGAGGAGUAGCAGUGGCCUCUACAUACCCAGUGUUGUUUUACAGGAGUUGGGGAUUGCAUCCUCUCAGGGAUGUCUUAUGAUUGCAGAGACCAAUAAUGGAAACUUUGGGAUUGUAAGUAGUGGAUUAGAAAACCCGGUGUACAUCACAGAGAGCCCGCAGGGGCACCGCGAGGUCAGCUGGCAGCCUGUAAGAGGAGAAGAUAGAGCAGUUCCAAUCUAUGCACCCAGUGCAGAAGAAGUAAGAGAGAGCAUUUCCUCGGUAAGAGGAAGUGAGCCAGGCCAGUACAUUGCACCUCAACCAACAGGAUUUGUUCCUGCCUCUACUCCUGUGUUUGGAACUAUCGAAAGCGCAUCUACGGCAGGAGCAGCUGUGCCUGUAGAAGGAGUGUUUGUAGCAUCUACAGAAAACCCCGCCAGCACGGGGUCCUCCUCUACAUCCACAUGCCCACCCAAGGGCACAGCCGGUACCACCGAUAACAAGGGAAAAGCCGGUGGUGCUGCUGCAGAUGACAAGAGCAAGAGUUCUUCCUCCUCUUCCUCGAAGAAGAAGAAGAAGGGAGCCAAGAGUCUUGUGGCACUUGGAGCAGUUGCAACUACGGCUCUGUUCUCAAUUGUGAUGUAA